AUUUUGACACCAUUUUUUUUUGUUAUUUCAAUAUCUAUUUCUCCCUCCUCCCUUCAUUAUAUAUAUACACCAAAACUAUAUUAUAUACAUCUCAUACUAUCAAUAUUAUUAUUAUUAUUAUUAUUAUUAUUAUUUUUUUUCUCUCUAGCUUUUGGACUUCCCUUGGCCCCUUUUGUUCUUAUGCUUCUUUAUUCAUUCACUUGUUAUUAAUAUAAGAUUAAAAGGUGAUUAGUGAGUGAUUAAAAUGGGUUUAAGAGACAUUGGAGCAACACUUCCUCCUGGGUUUAGAUUUUACCCAAGUGAUGAAGAAUUAGUUUGUCAUUAUCUUUAUAAAAAGAUUGCUAAUGAAGAAGCUCUUAAAGGAAGUUUGGUUGAAAUUGAUUUGCAUACUUGUGAGCCAUGGCAACUUCCUGAGGUGGCAAAACUUAACACGACAGAAUGGUAUUUCUUUAGCUUUCGUGAUCGAAAGUAUGCUACUGGAUUUCGGACCAAUAGAGCCACGAAAUCGGGCUAUUGGAAAGCUACUGGUAAAGAUCGGGUUAUACUUGACCCGAGGACUCGAGAGAUUGUUGGAAUGAGAAAGACUUUGGUGUUCUACAAAAACCGGGCUCCAAAUGGGAUUAAAACGGGUUGGAUCAUGCACGAGUUUCGCUUGGAAAGUCCUCAUAUGCCUCCUAAGGAAGAUUGGGUGUUAUGUAGAGUUUUCCACAAGAACAAAAGUGAAGAGAAUAGCAAUAACAUUUGCCAACAUAUGCAUGAUCAUACAACAGCUAGCACCUCUUCACCACCUACUUGUUUUACAUGUCAACAACCCAACUCAUUCUCUUCAAAUAAUCUCACUAAUAUUCAUCAACAAGAAUUACCAAUAAUUAGCCAUAAUAAUACUAAUAAUCCAAACAUUAAUAGUUCAUUAAACCCUAAUCCCAAUAAUAAUCUCAUGCAUCUCCUUAAAGAGGGAAGUUCCACCUACUCAUUAUGGAGUGAUCAUGAUCUAGUCAAUUCAAACUUGAAAAACAAUGAUGAUGAUUAUGGGUUCUUGUGGGACAUGGAUUUGGGAGAUCAAAAUAGCAACAAGUUGGGUGAGGGAGCUUUGCAUGUUCCUCAUAAUCCUAAUUGUCCUCCUCAACUUGAGUUUGGUGAUGUGAGAUUUGAAGAUGAUAAUGGCACUAUUUUCUUUUGAUUUAUUUUUAUUAUUUGGAAACUAACAACAUAAAUUAAGACAAUAAUCAAAAGAGACAAAACUCCCAAAAAACAAAAAGGAAGAAGAUUUAGAAGACAAGAAGUGCACCACCAUUUUGUUGAUGUUUGUGUGAAGUUUGGUGUGCUAAUUAUGGAUAACAAUUGAUUUUGCAUAGAUAUUAAUAAAAGUAUAUGACAUAUAGUUUGUUAUACCAUAAUAUGGUAUAGGGUUUAGGUUGUGGUGUAAUAUCAUUCAAGUAUAUAAAUAUAUAGUGACCAUUGUAUAAACACAUGUAUGUACUUU